AUGAAAAAUUGCUGUAUUCUCUCUGAACGACAUCUAUCUAUCUAUCUAUCUAUCUAUCUAUCUAUCUAUCUAUCUAUCACCGUUUAUAUAAUAUCUAUCACAUUCUCUUCAUAUCUAUCUAUCAAUCUAUCUAUCUAUCUAUCUAUAUAUCUAUCUAUCUCUCUCUCUCUCUCUCUCUAUCUAUCUAUCUAUCUAUCUAUCUAUCUAUAUAUAUAUAUAUAUAUAUAUAUAUAUAUAUAUUCUUCUGUAUCACUUGAAUAUCUUUCUUUCUUUCUUUCUUUCUUUCUUUCUUUCUUUCUUUCUUUCUUUCUUUUCAUUAUAAUAAUCAUUCUAUCCAAAAGUCUUUGUCUUCUGUAUCACUUGAAUAUCUUUCUUUCUUUCUUUCUUUCUUUCUUUCUUUCUUUCUUUCUUUCUUUUCAUUAUAAUAAUCAUUCUUCUUCUGUAUCACUUGAAUAUCUUUCUUUCUUUCUUUCUUUCUUUCUUUCUUUCUUUCUUUCUUUUCAUUAUAAUAAUCAUUCUAUCCAAAAGUCUUUGUGUUCUGUAUCACUUGAAUAUCUUUUUCUUUCUUUUUCUUUCUUUCUUUCUUCUUUCUUUCUUUCUUUUCAUUAUAAUAAUCAUUCUGUCCAAAAUCUUCUGUAUCACUUGAAUAUCUUUCUUUCUUUCUUUCUUUCUUUCUUUCUUUCUUUCUUUCUUUCUUUCUUUUCAUUAUAA